AUGGCGAUUUCACACCAACCUAUCCUCCCCGACGAUGUUCUCUUCUCAAGGCUCUUGAAAAUAGCCAGACAACGAGAUUCAGAGAUCAUCGUCAAUGACUGCAGCCGCGGAACCCAGUUCAGCUACCGUCAAAUCCUCGACGGCACGGUGAAACUAAAACAGAAACUCCAAGCAUCCCUUGACAGGUCUACACUAAAGAACCGCGGUGGUUUCUACAUUGCUCUGUUGGCUCCGAACGGAUAUGAGUUUAUCAUCGGUGUCCUUGCUGUUCUGGCAAUCGGCGGAGUAGUCGUACCAAUGCCAACUGGCGCACUUCCCGCCGAAGCAUCACACAUUCUUCAGCAAUGUGAUGCACGGUAUCUCCUUGCUACCUCGGAGCUGGCCAGUCUCGCUGCACAGAUCAAACAGGAAUUUGACAUUCCUUCUCUUAUCAUUGAUAGCAAUGAAGACGUAGUCGCUGCGGCCGAUAAUAACCUCCUUCUAGUCGAAAGCUAUACUCUCGAUUCGACCCUGGCAGUGUCCGAGGAAACCCCAAGUAUAUUAUUCUUCACAUCAGGAACAACCGGGCCCCCGAAAGGUGUUUUACACGCCCGCAAAACAAUUAACAAGUAUGCCCGACAAGUCGAAGCACCCGAACCAAACGACGAGCUCUGCAUCAUCCCACGGGGCGCAUUCUGGUCGCUCUACUUCACCAAGCUAUUCCAAAUGCUGCUUACAGGCAUCCGCGUCGAGAUCCACAACUUUGGGAGAAACUAUAACCUGAUAUGGGAGAAGCUGCGCGAGCGAACGGCUACCAAGAUCGUGUUGUCUCCGACCUUUUGGUAUGGAAUGAUGAUAUACUUCCAGCGUCAUAUUUCCGUCGAGUUGCCGCAGGAUGUUGUUGACGAGUAUGUGAAGGGAACGCAGCACCUGCGCGAUGCGUGCGCGACGGGUGCUAUGCUCUCACGCCCGAUUAAGGAGUUCUGGGGAGAGAUGCGUGGAGGUCGACUCCUUAAACAGCUAUAUGGAACAACGGAGACGCAGGAGAUAGCUGUUUGCGAUAUGGAGUCGGGAAGUGUAGAGGAUGACUUGGGAGCACCGCUUCCGAAUGUCACUAUGAAGCUAUCCGAAGGUGAUGCAGGGGAAGUCCUUGUUAAGGCGCCGUCCCUAUUCCUCGGGUACUUGAACUCCCCUGAUGCCACGGCAAAACGGUUCGACUCCGAAGGAUUCUUCAAGACUGGAGAUCUAGCCAUCCUUCAGGAUGGACGGUACAUCUUCAAAGGAAGGGCAAACAUGGACCUAUUCAAAUUCUACACCUACAAAGUUCCUCGAGGACAGGUCGAGGCUGCCCUAAUCGCACUUCCAUACAUCACAGAGGGCUAUAUCAUGCCAGUCGCAGAUCCGCAGUGUGACACGCGGACAGCCGCUCUCGUGCGGUUUCACAAGAAUGGCAAUGAUACCGGUCACAACAAAGUGGAUUUGCAGGCAAUUCGAAAUGACCUUGCCGCCAAAAUGGGCCUCCCUGCGUACCAAUUGCCAACUGUGUUGAGGAUUUUGAGAGAGCACGAAUCUGUUCCCCGGACAUGGUCGGAUAAGACUUCCAUGAUGAAGGCGGUUCAUAUGUUUUUCCCGCUGGAUAACGAGGGCAGGAUUUGUGGGGAGGAGACGGAGGUUCUUGAUGUUAGCGGUUUCAUGAAGAUGCAGGCUACAAAGUUGUGGGAGCUGUCGGGGAUGCGGUAG